AUGAGCGUAUCCGCAAAUAGUGACCCUGUUGUUUUUUCAAGACUUCAGUUAGCGAGAGCACUGAAAGAGGAUCCGGAGAAUAGUGUAAUAUUUGUCCAUAGUCGUCCAAAUACUCGUAGAUACGAUGACGACGACCAAGUUUAUAUACCAAGACCAACUCAUUUACUUAUCCCUCCAAUUUUGAGUACGAUAGAACAAAACGAUAAUAAUGUUAAUGCUCCUCCUCCUCAAAGAAGGAGAGCGUCGUCUUAUUCUUCACCUUCAACAAAUGAUAAUCCAAGAGAUAGUAUAGCUAUGUCUGAAGAAAAACGUAUUAGUUUAGGAAAACAAACUACAUUAAUGGAUGUUAGAGAAUCUAUAUUAACUAGUAGACAAAUCAAUACUGCAUCAUCUUUUUCUCCAUCUUCUAGUCAAAGAACUUCUUUAAUACUUCAACAACCUAGAUCCCUUCCUGAAGGGCAAAUCGCAAAGGUUCCACAUGUUCAUUCAAGAUCAAACAGUUCAUCAAAUUCUCGUCCGCCAUCUGUACACAACAAUGUUCCUUUACGAUCAAAUCUUGUAAACAAUAAUUCUUCUAGACCGCUAUCAUCUUAUACAAACACACAAUCUCGACCUAAUUCCGUAGUUACAAAUCAAUCUCGACCGUCUUCUUCGUACAAUAAUUCUCCUUCGAGACCAUCUUCAUUAGUUAAUCAAUUUAGUUUUCAAGAUUCUCAUGAAUCUGAUUCUGAAUCAUCUCCAAAAUUAACUUCAAAAAUUAACCAAUUGGCUAUAUCAAAAAUGAGUCAAACAAAGAGAAUAGAUAAAUCUGAAAGGUCUAAUAAACUUAAAAAGGUUAAAGAAGAAGAUUCUGACAAAACAGAUGAAAGUUCUGAUGAUACGCCUCUUGCACUCAAAGUCAAGCCAAUAAUUAAAGUUGCUUCUCCAAAUGGUUCCAUAAAGAAAAAUGGUGGACGGAUCGAAGAAUGGCUUAAUAAUGGUUCGGUUGAACAUCGUCGUCAACGUUCCUCUACAUUUGAUUCCCAUGCUCCAAAAUCUCUAGCCAAUCCGAAUUCUCGACGGAAAAGUCAUUCUGAAUUAUCUCCACAUCGUAAAAAUGAUCUACUUAGCUCACCACAAUUAACGAUGGGUCGUAUAUCGCCUAAUCAACGUCAAGAUUCUGGGUAUUGGGCUCGUGAGACUUUAGCUGCAUUAUCGACUGAUGCACGUCAUCAAAUGUUAAUGAAUGAUUCAUCAAGUGGGACUACAACAAGCACUUCAAGUUCCGCAAAUGUAAUGCUUCGUGAAAGAAAAAAUAGUGCUUCUAGUUUGAACAAAAAUCAUCAUAGAAGUAGAAGUGGUAGCUCAUACGGAAGUCCACAUUCUCCACAUUCUUCACAUACUUCACAUACUUCACAUUCUCCACAUUUCUCACAUUCUCCACAUUCCUCACAUUCUCCACAUUCCUCACAUGUUUCACAUUCCUCACAUUCCUCACAUUCUCAUAAAACAAGUUCUGGCCAUUUACCACAGUCUCCACAACAGCACGCCAAAAGUAAAUAUCCUCAAUCAUCAAUGAAUCUUUCUGAAGGUAAUAAGAAUAGCCAUGGACAUUAUACGAAUUACUCGAAUGAAUCACAUAGAAAGUCUUCAAACGAUCAUAGUAACCCCGGAAUUAGGACUAAUUCUGGAGGAGCUCAACAUCUUGCUUCUUUAACUUUUAUCGUUCCUAGAGAAUAUAUUGAAACAUUAUCCAUAUUACAGGAUCGAGCACCUUAUAGAGGCAUGAAUGAUGUAAAAAAAAUAUUUUCCGAGGAAUUUAAUGGAUUAAGUCCAAAGGAUAUAUAUUCUGAAUUCGAUGAAAUUCCUAUAGCUGCUGCUUCCUUAGCUCAAGUGCAUAAAGCUAAAACAAAAGAUGGUCGGGAAGUAGCUGUCAAAAUUCAAUAUCCUGAUGUAUCAAGACUUUUUCAUGUGGAUAUUUGGACUAUGCAAUCAAUGUCCAAUUUAAUUUCUUUCUUUUUUCCGGAAUUCGAAUUGACUUGGAUUAUAACUGAAUUUAAGCAAAAUUUAAUUUCGGAAUUCGAUUUUUUACGAGAAGCCAAAAAUGGUGAAUUAACAAAAGAAAGAUUCAAACAUCGUGCACGUGAAUUAAAAAUACCAAAUAUUAUAUGGGAAUUAACGACUAAACGUGUGUUGACCAUGGAAUUUGUUCAUGGUGUUAAAAUCAAUAACAUGGAAAAAUUAAAAAAUUUAGGUGUAAAUCCAAAAUGGGUACGAACUAUAUUGUUAGAAGUAUUUGCUGAAAUGAUCUUUUGUCACGGUGUAAUUCAUUGUGAUCCUCAUGCUGGAAAUGCUCUUAUAACAAUAUCACCAAUUACAAAUAAACCUCAACUUGUUCUCCUUGAUCAUGGUCUCUAUAGAGAAUUAUCUGAUGAAUUUCGUUUGAUAUAUUGUUAUCUGUGGAAAGCUUUAAUAUUGAAUGAUUCUGAAUCUCUCAAAAAAGUGGCUAAUUCUUUGGGUGUUCCUCAAUACAUUCAAUUUCUUCCUUUGAUUUUUACACAACGUAUAUCAGAUUCUACAACUCCUCUUGGAGAAGAUAUGUCACCUGAAGAACGUGCUAUAGUUCAAGAUCAAUUAAAAAAUAUAAAAUUAAGUGAUUUCUUUGAUUUUUUGGAAUCUUUACCAAGAGAUAUGUUACUAGUAUUUAGAACAAUUAAUAUAGUACGUGGAAUUCAUCGUGAACUUGGUGGAAAUCCAAUAGAAAGUUUCAAAAUGAAUGCUCAAUUUGCUAUACGAGGAUUAUGGUGUGAAACAAGAAUCGAAGAAAAAAAACGAAUAACUCAUUCAAAAGAAUUGGGGUUAACAGGUGAUGAUUCUAUGAUCGGUCCAUUACAAAGAUGGUAUUUACUUGGUGGAACUCCAAAUUUCUUUAGAACUCUGGGAUUCAUUAAGGACUUCAUUGUAAUGACAUUUAGAUUAUAUUUAACAGAAUUGUUAAUUAAAAUUUGGAGAUGGUGGUUUUUGUAUAGAUCUAUGGACGCUUCAGUGGUGAUAGGAAAAGUUUAA